AGAAUCACAUGAAAAAAAAAAAAGGUUGAAUAUGGGUGCUUUACAGACACACACAAGCACCAAUUCAAUUCAUAGUAGUAUUUAGGUGUUUUCUCUUAUAAAGUCAAAAUUAAUAUUUUAAAAAACUAUUUAAUCUAAAAUAAUCCAACGGUCAGAAUGUAAAGACGAUGAGCAUGAUUAGAAUUUGAUAGUAGUGUUACAAUACUCACUUGUUUUGUCUCGACUUGAACAAACGCACACUACCAUCCAUUUCCUGUCGAUUACACGUUUAGAGAGAGAGAGAGAGAGAGAGAGAGAGAUGGCAGAUUGCAGAAGAGUUGGGGUGGCCGUGGACUUCUCACCGUGCAGCAGGAAAGCUUUGAAGUGGGCUGUUGAUAACGUUGCCCGGAGCGGCGAUCACCUGAUUCUCGUCUCUGUGCGCCCCGAAGGCAACUAUGAGGAAGGCGAGAUGCAGCUAUGGGAGGCCACUGGUUCUCCUUUGAUUCCAUUGAGCGAGUUCUCGGAACCCCAUCUCAUGAAGAAAUACGGUGUUAGCCCCGAUCCAGAGACAUUGGACAUCGUCUCCACUGCUGCGAGGCAGCAUGGGAUUGUCGUGGUCUUGAAAAUCUACUGGGGAGAUGCUCGUGAGAAGCUCGUUGAGGCAGUUGAUAGCAUCCCACUCGACUGCAUUGUUAUUGGGAAUCGAGGCCUUGGCAAGAUCAAAAGGGUUAUCAUGGGCAGCGUGAGCAACUUUGUAGUGAACAGCGCUCCUUGUCCGGUAACUGUAGUGAAGAGCCACGACUAGACUCUCCUAGAUCGCGUCUUGAGCUCAACAGGUCGUCCCGUUGUUUGUAUUCGAUCCUUUUAUGUGUGUGCUUGUUAGGAGGCUUGUCAUGUUUCAGUCAUUGAAUCUUUUAUGUGUGUAUUUUUGUUGAAGCUUGUCUUGUUAAUUUCAAUUAUUGUAUCUAUUGUUGUUAUUGUUGUGA